GGCGCGAGUUUUAUAUUUAUUGUGCAACACAUUGGCGGGAGCUAAACUUGUUCCUGUUGAAGUUAAGUAGUUUACACGGGAAAUUUACGUUCUUGCACCUGGUCUGUUGGAGCGUUAACGCUUAAAAGCGUUAAAAUGGAGGACUUUGGCGUUUAUGCGAUAGUUGGAGUAGAUGAGCCACCACGACAUAUAUUGAGCUGGCGAGAUGGGUGGCAGAGGUCAGUUGAGAUCCAGCCUUGUGUCCAGCAGAUUGUUCUCUUCAGCAGAGGGGACUGGGGAAAUAGAGAGUCUGUUUCAGUGGAACUUGCUGAUGAGAGGAACAUCCCCAUUAAUAUGGGAAAACUAACACCAUUUAAUAAAUGUCUGUCAUGGGAAGCCUUUGAGGAUGGUGUCUGGUCCAAUGGAGCAACCUUAACUGUCAAACUCAGUGGGUCCAACCUCACAAUCCCGUUAACACUCCCGGGCAAGAGGAAGAGGUCACAGGGAGAGGAGGAAGACGAAGGUAGAGGAAAGGAAAACAUUUUCCCUAAUGCUGCAGAAAAAACAACACCUCACAGACAGAGCAAGAACAAUCCCCGUGGAGGACAAACACAUCUGUUCUCUCCAAAAGAUGAGCAAACAGUGGCCUCCGCAUCUCAGAGCCAUAAAGUUAAAGGCAAGCAGGCCAAAACUUCUUCACAGGCUGCGCCAUUAGGCAAGCCAUCAGGCCGCUGGGGUCAGGCUGUCUGUCCCAUUGAUCCUCAGACAGCCAUUUUGAUCGGAGGUCAAGGCGCCAAAAUGCAGUUCUGCAAAGAUCCCAUCUGGAAACUUUGCAUGGAGGAUCUGUCCUGGGUACCUGCAGAAACCCUGGCAGAAGGACCCACCCCUGAGGCCCGCAUUGGGCACACAGCAACCUAUGAUCCAGAAUCUAAGCGUAUUUUUGUGUUUGGUGGCUCAAAGCACAAGAAGUGGUUUAAUGAUGUUCACAUCCUAGAUACACAAAGCUGGCGCUGGACUUUAGUGGAGGCACAGGGUAAGGUGCCUCCGCUGGCCUAUCACAGCUGCAAUAUGUUUCGUGGAGAACUCUUUGUGUUUGGGGGAGUGUUUCCUCGCCCCCAUCCAGAGCCAGACGGCUGCAGUGACUCCAUCUACAUCUUUAACCCUGAAAUGGCCAUCUGGUAUCAACCCAUUGUCAAUGGUGAAAAGCCUGCUCCACGCUCUGGGCACUCAGCAUGUGUGAUGCAAGGAAGAAUUUUUAUGUUUGGAGGUUGGGACACCCCUGUCUGCUUCAAUGAUAUGUUCAUGCUAGACCUUGGCUUGAUGGAGUUUUCUGCUGUGCAGGCGAGUGGAACAGCCCCUUCUCCCAGAAGCUGGCAUGGCUGUGCUGUUCUGUCAGACUGCAGUUUCCUAGUCCAUGGGGGCUACAAUGGGAACAACGCACUGAGUGACACAUUCAUCUUUAACACAGGCACUAGUUGCUGGUCUUCUCUGAUGAUGCCCCAGCUGAAUUUGGUACCCCGAGCUGGACAUUCCAUCAUUACGAUGCCAACCACAUGCAAAAAGGGAACUAUAGAUGAGCAGGAAGAGCUUUCAGAGUCUUCCCCACAGACAAUGCUGAUUUUUGGUGGAGGAGACAACGAAGGGAGCUUCUUCUCAGACCUCAUUAUAAUGCCGGUGAAGGAGCUAAGACAAGACUAAACACUUCAGAAUUCAGUUUCACAUACAGGAGGCCCUGUGAUGGCACACCUUUUUUCAUUACUUUUAUGCUGUGCUUUUUGUGUGUGAUGAUGCUAAAUUGAAAUUACCACAGACUUUUAUGCAAAUAACUGAACAAUAUCGUCAUUUAUUAACAUUUGUUUACACGUAAACAUUGAAUGUCACACAUAUUAUGGUUGUGCAACUAACUUCUGAAGUACGCCCAAUAUUAUAGACCAUUGAGAGUAGGAUGUGUCUUAUAGUAAAAGACCCAGGCAGCUUAUUAAACCCCAAACUCUGAGAUGUUUGUAUUUACACAUAUAAGGGAUUCAUAUUUGAUCUAUGAAAAGUGUACUUGUCCCAAAUUAGAGUAAGGUUUUUAUUUUUACAUUUUGUAUGUCAAUUUAAAUGUUAUGAUUUUAGCUGUAAAUACUGUAUCAGGGAAGCUGUUGAAAAUUAAAUAUUUCUUG